AUGAAGAUUUACGGGAAGCUGAAAUACGAGAUCAAAAUGAGGGGCGUGGAAACUGAAGGAUAUGCCUAUGUGACGCCGUAUAACUCGCUCAUUGGCCUCGAAUGGAAAAGAGCGAGCAAAGAGAUGAGGUAUCACUUGGAGAUGAUGACAGCGGAAGUAAAAGUGGCAUCCGCUGCCGGAGUAGAAGAAGAAUUGAGAAAGACUUAUCCGGAACUCUUCGAAGAAGGGUUAGGACGCUGCAAUAAAGAAGAAGUUGAUUUGCAAAUACACCAGAACGUGCGCCCAGUGUUCUGUAACAGUCGUCCGGUACCCAGUGCUGCACUAGAAGCUGUGAACGCCGAACUAGACAGGCUUAUGCAGUUGGAUGUUAUUGCACCAGCUAGCCAUAGUGAGGCCGCAACCAUUGCCUGUGUCAGGAAGCAGAACGGAAAGUUGAGAAUAUGUGCUGAUUUCUCAACUGGGCUGAACAGAGCCUUGCAGUCUUUCGAUUAUCCCUUACCAGAGCAUAUCUUCGCGUCCCUGAAUGGAGGGACGAUUUUCUCGCAAAUCGAUUUAUCGGACGCGUACCUUCAGUUAGAGCUUUCCGAGGAGUCGAAGAAGAAAGUCGUCAUAAAUACGCACAAGGGACUGUUCAGGUACAACCGGCUGUCUUUCGGAGUCAAAACUGCACCAAGAAUUUUCCAACAAGUAAUGAACAAAAUGGUAACCGGAUUGCAAGGUGUACUUACCUAUCGGGACGAUAUCCUGGUGAGCGACAGAAACGAACAAGAUCAUAGGGAAAGUCUGCUCGCAGUAUUCGGAAGAAUUGCUGACUAUGGAUUCAAGGUACGUCUGGACAAGUGCACAUUCUCCAGACUAGAAAUACGUUAUCUCGGUUUCAUUCUUGACGAGAACUGGAGAAAACCCAAUCCACAGAGGAUCGAAGCUAUCAAGAAGAUGGACGAACCGAAGAAUAUUGCGCAACUAAUAUCUUUUCUGGGAUUGAUUACGUACUAUAUAUUUGUGCCAUCUAUGAUGAAUCUCCAUGGACCGUUUCUCAAAAAGGACGUGAAGUGGAGAUGGAGCUCCAAAGAACAUGAAGCAUUUGAAAAAUCGAAGGAGGCAUUGUCAAGCGACGCCAAUCUUGCUCACUACGACCCUCAGCAGAAGAUUGUUGUGGCAGCUGACGCUUGUGAAUAUGGUAUUGGAUGCGUUAUCUCGCAUACAUACGGAGACGGUUCGGAGAAACCUAUUUCACAUGCUUCAAGGUCACUGUCAGCCGGGCUCUUGGACUUGUUUUUGCAGUCAAAAAGUUUUACAAGUACUUAUUUGGAGGAAAGUUUUUGCUUUUACAGAUCAUAA